GUAACGAAAGGGGCGUUCCCUCAGUGACAUGUGGAGGAGGUAAGAAGCGGAUUGUUGCCGAGGACGCAUUCAGCUGUCAGAGAUAACGCCGCUCAGCCUGCUCUUACCUGGAGUUUCAUUACCAUGGACUUAACCGAGGAUAGCGCUGUGGAAAUUAUCCUGUGCUGACCCACUUCUUUACGUUCUUGUCUCUCUAUCUUUGGCGCGUUCUUUCAUUUCUGUCAGGUGUUGUCAACCCUGAGGAACCAUGUCGGACAAGAUGUCCAGUUUCCUCCAUAUUGGGGACAUUUGUUCCCUGUAUGCAGAGGGCUCCACCAGUGGAUUUAUCAGCACUUUAGGGCUUGUGGAUGACCGCUGUGUGGUGCAACCAGACACAGGCGACCUCAACAACCCACCCAAGAAAUUCAGAGACUGCCUUUUCAGGCUGUGUCCUAUGAACAGAUACUCAGCACAGAAACAGUUCUGGAAGGCUGCAAAACCUGGAGGCAACAGCACCACUGACACAGUCCUCCUCACCAAACUCCAUCAUGCUGCUGACCUGGAGAAGAAGCAGAAUGACUCUGAAAAUCGAAAGCUGCUGGGAACAGUCAUCCAGUAUGGAAAUGUCAUUCAGUUGCUGCAUUUGAAAAGCAAUAAAUACCUGACAGUGAACAAGCGCCUUCCUGCACUGUUGGAGAAGAAUGCCAUGAGAGUGACUCUGGACUCAGCGGGAAAUGAGGGAUCCUGGUUCUACAUCCAGCCCUUCUACAAGUUGCGAUCCCUGGGAGACAGUGUGGUGAUUGGUGAUAAAGUGGUCCUUAACCCUGUGAAUGCGGGACAGCCUCUACAUGCCAGCAGCCACCAGCUAGUUGACAACCCAGGAUGCAAUGAGGUUAAUUCUGUAAAUUGCAACACGAGUUGGAAAGUUGUUUUAUUCAUGAAAUGGAGUGACAACAAGGAAACAAUACUCAAGGGGGGUGAUGUAGUCCGGUUGUUCCAUGCAGAGCAGGAGAAGUUCCUCACUUGUGACGACCACAGGAAGAAGCAGUAUGUUUUUCUUAGAACGACCGGCCGGCAGUCUGCCACUUCUGCCACCAGCAGCAAAGCUCUGUGGGAAGUAGAGGUGGUCCACCAUGACCCUUGUAGGGGAGGUGCAGGCUACUGGAACAGCCUGUUCAGGUUUAAACACUUGGCCACAGGGUGUUAUUUGGCUGCUGAAAUGGGUGAGGUGAAUCCAGACUUUGAGGAGGAGAGUGCUGAGCAGCGGUCCGCGGUGGUGGACUUUACACCCUUUAAUUUCCAGCUGGAUGCAGAUAAUGAAGCUUUACGAGGUCGUCUGCGAGCUCCACAGGAGAAGAUCAUGUACACUUUGGUGCCAGUUCCUGACGGCAUGGACAUCUCUUCUAUCUUUGAGCUGGACCCUACCACUCUGAGAGGCGGGGACUCCAUGGUACCAAGGAGCUCCUAUGUGAGACUAAGACACUUGUGUACCAACACGUGGGUUCACAGCACCAACAACCCCAUUGACAAAGAGGAGGAGAAACCUGUUAUGUUACGGAUUGGAACGUCAGCAGUAAAAGAGGACAAGGAAGCUUUUGCCAUUGUACCAGUGCCACCAGCAGAAGUGCGUGAUUUAGACUUUGCCAAUGAUGCUAGUAAAGUAUUGGCGUCCAUUGCUGGGAAGCUUGAAAAGGGCACCAUUACACAAAAUGAAAGAAGGUUUGUGACCAAGCUCCUGGAAGAUCUAGUUUUCUUUGUGGUGGACAUCCCCAACAGUGGGCAGGAUGUUUUGGAGAUCAUGGUUAACAAACCCAACAGAGAAAGACAGAAACUCAUGAGAGAGCAGAAUAUCCUGAAGCAGAUUUUCAAACUUCUCCAAGCCCCUUUCACAGACAGUGGUGAUGGUCCCAUGCUGCGACUGGAGGAGCUUGGAGACCAGCGGCACGCUCCUUUUAGACAUAUUUGCAGGCUUUGCUACAGGGUGUUACGCCAUUCUCAGCAAGAUUACAGGAAGAACCAGGAGUACAUAGCCAAACAAUUCCGCUUCAUGCAGAAGCAGAUAGGAUAUGAUGUGUUGGCAGAAGACACAAUAACCGCUCUGCUCCACAACAACCGGAAGCUGCUGGAGAAACAUAUCACUGCUGCAGAGAUAGACACAUUUGUCACUCUAGUGAGGAAGAACCGGGAGCCAAGGUUUCUGGACUACCUCUCAGAUCUCUGCGUGUCCAUGCACAAGUCCAUCCCUGUGACACAGGAGCUCAUCUGCAAUGCAGUACUGGACCCUACCAAUGCUGACAUCCUCAUCGAAACCAAAUUGGUCCUGUCAAGGUUUGAGAUUGAGACAACAACAAAUGGAGAGAAUCCAGUGGAGGCAGAGGAUGAAGAGGAGGUCUGGCUGUUCUGGAAAGACAAUUGCAAGGAGAUCCGGAGUAAGAGCAUCCGGGAGUUGGCCCAGGAUGCAAAGGAGGGCCAGAAGGACGACCAGGAUGUGGUCAGCUAUUACAGGUGCCAGUUGAACCUCUUUGCCCGGAUGUGUCUGGACCGUCAGUACCUGGCUAUCAACAAGAUCUCUGGUCAACUGGAUGUGGAUUUAAUCCUACGCUGUAUGUCUGAUGAGGAUCUGCCGUUUGACUUGCGGGCGUCUUUCUGCCGCCUGAUGCUGCACAUGCAUGUGGACCGUGACCCUCAGGAGCAGGUCACACCUGUCAAAUAUGCCCGUCUUUGGUCUGAGAUUCCCUCUCAGAUUGCUAUUGAUGACUAUGACAAUGAUGGAACCACCAGAGAUGAGAUCAAAGAGCGGUUCUGCCUCACAAUGGAUUUUGUGGAAAACUACCUGAGAGAGGUGGUGUCACAGAACAUUCCCUUCUCUGACAAGGAGAAAAACAAGCUUACCUUUGAGGUAGUGAACCUGGCAAGGAACCUCAUAUACUUUGGUUUCUACAACUUCAGUGACCUGCUUCGACUGACAAAGAUCUUACUGAACAUUUUAGACUGUGUCCAUGUCAGCACCAUUUACCCCAUCAACAAGAUGGAGAAGGGAGAGGAAAACAAAGCUGGCAGUAAUGUGAUGAAGUCCAUUCAUGGAGUUGGGGAGUUGAUGACCCAGGUAGUGCUGCGAGGAGGUGGCCUGUUGCCCACCACACCAACUCAUCAACCAGAGGGAGAUGUGGUUAAAACACAGACUGAACCAGAGAGAGAAGACAUCAUGGUCAUGGACACGAAGCUCAAGGUCAUUGAGAUUCUACAGUUCAUUUUGAAUGUACGGCUAGACUACAGGAUCUCCUGCCUGCUUUGUAUUUUCAAACGUGAGUUUGAUGAGAACAACCCACAAGCAGACAACACUGCCAGUCAGAAUGGAAUCAGUAAUGUCACAGGUCAGAUGCCAGGAAAUCUUGACUUUGAGAACAUUGAAGAACAGGCAGAGGGGAUUUUUGGAGGAAGUGAGGAGAACACUCCACUAGACCUUGAUGACCACGGUGGUCGUACCUUCUUAAGGGUCCUGCUGCACCUGACCAUGCAUGAUUACCCUCCUCUCGUGUCUGGAGCGCUUCACCUGCUCUUCAGACACUUCAGCCAGAGGCAGGAGGUCCUCAUGGCCUUCAAACAAGUCCAACUGCUGGUGACCAGUCAGGAUGUGGAUAAUUACAAGCAGAUCAAGUCAGAUCUGGACCAGCUGCGUUCUAUUGUGGAGAAGUCUGAACUGUGGGUUUAUAAGAGGCAAGGAGAAGAUGGGAUGGACGGAGAUGGACCUUCAGAGUCUGACAACAAAAAGAAGGGAGACUCACUUAGUUCAGACAAGAAGAAGACAGAAAGCACCAGCAGUUACAACUACAGGGUUGUAAAAGAGAUCCUGCUGCGUCUCAGUAAGCUGUGUGUCCAGGAGGGAAGCUCAGGGAAGAAGAGCAAGAAACAGCAGCAGAGGCUGCUGAGGAACAUGGGAGCUCACAGUGUAGUGCUGGAGCUCCUACAGAUCCCCUAUGAGAAGGGCGAGGAUGUCCGAAUGCAGGAGAUCAUGAAACUGGCUCACGAGUUCCUGCAGAAUUUCUGUGCAGGGAAUCAGCAGAAUCAGGCUCUUCUCCACAAGCAUAUCAACUUGUUUCUUAACCCAGGGAUCCUAGAGGCAGUGACCAUGCAGCACAUCUUCAUGAAUAACUUCCAGCUGUGCAGUGAGAUCAACGAGCGAGUGGUUCAGCACUUUGUUCACUGUACUGAGACUCAUGGUCGACAUGUCCAAUAUCUCAAGUUCCUGCAGACCAUUGUGAAGGCCGAGAACAAGUUCAUCAAGAAGUGUCAGGACAUUGUCAUGGCUGAGCUGGUGAACUCGGGCGAGGACGUCCUGGUCUUCUACAAUGAUCGUGCCUCCUUCCAGACCCUGGUCCAGAUGAUGCGUUCAGAGCGGGACCGCAUGGAUGAAAACAGCCCUCUAAUGUACCACAUCCACCUGGUGGAACUGCUGGCUGUCUGCACUGAGGGCAAGAACGUCUACACUGAGAUCAAGUGUAACUCCCUGCUGCCCCUGGAUGAUAUUGUACGGGUCGUCACCCAUGAAGACUGUAUCCCUGAGGUGAAAAUUGCCUAUAUCAACUUCCUGAACCACUGCUAUGUCGACACAGAGGUGGAAAUGAAGGAGAUUUAUACCUCCAACCAUAUGUGGAAGCUGUUUGAGAACUUCCUUGUGGACAUUUGUAGGGUGUGUAACAACACCAGUGACAGGAAGCAUGCGGAUACCACGCUGGAGCGUUAUGUAACUGAGACGGUCAUGAGCAUUGUCACAUGUUUCUUUAGCUCUCCUUUCUCUGACCAGAGCACAAGCCUGCAGAUGGCACGCCAUAUGUAUGCCACCAUUCUUGGAAAGAUAACUGAGACUCGUCAGCCAGUAUUUGUCCAACUGCUUCAGGGAGUUUUCAGGGUAUUCCACUGUAACUGGCUUAACCCUCUUCAGAAGGCCUCAGUGGAGGCUUGCAUUAAAGUACUCUCAGACGUGGCUAAGAGCAGAGCCAUUGCCAUCCCAGUGGACUUGGACAGUCAGGUGAACAACUUGUUUGUCAAGUCCAAUAAUGUUGUGCAGAAGAGCAUCCUCAGCUGGAGACUAUCUGCUAAGAACACUUCCAGACGAGACUCAGGCCUGACCUCCUCCAAAGACUACAGAAACAUCAUUGAGAGGCUACAGGACAUAGUGUCAGCGCUGGAGGACCGUCUGAGGCCGCUGGUCCAAGCUGAGCUCUCAGUGCUGGUGGAUGUCCUGCAUCGUCCAGAGCUGCUCUUCCCUGAGAACACAGAAGCUCGCAAGAAAUGUGAAAGUGGAGGAUUCAUAUCAAAACUGAUCAAACACACCAAGCAGUUGCUGGAGGAGAAUGAGGAGCGUCUGUGCAUCAAAGUACUGCAGACAUUGAGGGAAAUGAUGACAAAAGACAGGGGCUAUGGGGAGAAGCUGAUUGCCUUUGAUGAUGAAAUGGAUGUGGCUGAGCUGGCACCUCCACCCGAGCCUGAAGUCCCUGCCGAGGAGCUUGAUCCCAACCAGCCACAGAAGCAACUGGAGGAUCAAAGGAGGGGCGAAGCUCUGCGGCAGAUCUUGGUCAAUCGAUACUAUGGAAACGUCAAACCUGGCCAGAGGAGAGAUAGCCUCACAACCUUCAGCAAUGGUCCACUCACUCCUGGAGCACAGGGGAAAUCGCCUACAGUUGUCAGCUCUGGGGUUGGAGGUCGAGGGGAGCUGAGUUUGGCAGAGGUACAGUGCCACCUGGACAAAGAAGGAGCUUCUGAUCUGGUCAUUGAUCUCAUUAUGAACGCUACCAGCGACCGGAUCUUCCAAGAGAGCAUACUGUUGGCCAUCGCAUUGCUGGAGGGUGGAAACACGGUCAUCCAGCGGUCAUUCUACCAUCGUUUAACGGGGGACAACAAGUCAGAAAAAUUCUUCAAGGUGUUUUAUGAGCGCAUGAAGCUGGCUCAGCAGGAGAUUAAAGCCACUGUGACGGUCAAUACUAGUGACCUGGGCAGCAAGAAGAAGGAUGAGGAGCCACCAGACAAAGACACGCCAGCACGUAAGAAAGUCAAAGAUGUUCCGGUGGUGGCAGUGGUGACCGAGGAGGUGAAGGAGCAGCUAGUGGAGGCCUCCGCUGUCACCAAGAAAGCCUUCACGACCUACCGCCGCGAGGCUGAAGCCGAAGAGCACCAAGCGGCCGCCGAUGGCUCUCCCGUCCCGACCGCUGAUAAGGGCCAGGAGGAAGGAGAGAUGAGCGUCAUCAUCACCAUCAUGCAACCCAUCUUGCGCCUCAUGCAGCUGCUCUGUGAGAACCACAACAGAGAUCUGCAGAACUUUCUGCGCAACCAGAAUAACAAGAACAACUAUAAUCUGGUGUGUGAGACGCUUCAGUUUCUGGACUGUAUCUGUGGCAGCACCACAGGAGGACUGGGGCUGCUGGGACUCUACAUCAAUGAGAAGAAUGUAGGACUUAUCAACCAGACUGUGGAGAGCCUGACUGAGUACUGCCAAGGUCCCUGUCAUGAGAACCAGAACUGCAUUGCCACUCAUGAAUGCAAUGGCAUUGACAUCAUCAUCGCUCUCAUCCUCAAUGACAUCAACCCCCUUGGCAAGAAGAGGAUGGAUCUGGUGCUGGAACUCAAAAAUAAUGCUUCCAAGCUUCUUCUUGCAAUUAUGGAGAGUCGCCAUGACAGCGAGAAUGCUGAGAGGAUACUGUACAAUAUGAGGCCUAAAGAGCUGGUGGAAGUGAUCAAAAAGGCCUACAUGCAGGGUGAGAUAGAGGUGGAGGAGCCGCAGGAGGGUGAAGAUGGAGAGGAGGAGCACUCUGCGUCUCCACGCAAUGUUGGUCAUAAUAUCUACAUCUUGGCACAUCAAUUAGCCCGUCACAACAAGGAACUGCAGGCUAUGUUGAAGCCAGGGGGGACAUAUGGAGAGGGUGAUGAGGCCUUGGAGUUCUACGCCAAACACACAGCUCAGAUUGAGAUUGUACGGCUGGAUCGCACCAUGGAGCAGAUAGUCUUUCCUGUGCCCAACAUCUGUGAGUUCCUCACCCAAGAGUCCAAGCUACGUGUCUACUACACCACAGAGCGGGAUGAGCAAGGCAGCAAAAUCAAUGACUUCUUCCUGCGCUCUGAGGACCUCUUUAAUGAGAUGAACUGGCAGAAGAAGCUGCGAGGUACUCAAGAGGCUACUGGUAACACAAACACAGUUCCCUCUCAGCCCAUCCUGUACUGGUGCUCCAGGAACAUGUCAUUCUGGAGCAGCAUCUCCUUCAACCUGGCUGUGCUCAUGAACCUGCUCGUGGCCUUCUUCUACCCUCUGGAGGGUGUCCGUGGAGGUACCCUGGAGCCCCAUCUGUCUGCCCUGCUGUGGAUGGCCAUGCUGGUUUCUCUGGCUAUAGUCAUCAUCUUGCCGCAGCCUCACGGCAUCCGGGCACUCAUUGCUUCCACCAUCCUGCGCCUGAUCUUCUCUGUAGGCCUGGAGCCCACAUUGCUCCUGCUGGGGGGUUUCAAUUUAUGUAAUAAGGUCAUCUUCCUGAUGAGCUUCGUUGGGAACCGCGGAACCUUCACACGUGGCUACAUAGCCAUGAUCAUGGAUGUAGAGUUCCUGUACCACCUGCUCUACCUGAUUAUCUGCGGCCUGGGGGUCUUCGUCCAUGUCUUCUUUUACAGCCUGCUACUCUUUGAUCUGGUUUACCGAGAAGAGACGUUGCUGAACGUAAUAAAGAGUGUGACCCGCAAUGGCCGCUCCAUUGUUUUGACAGCCGUGCUCGCUCUUAUCCUCGUCUACCUCUUCUCCAUUGUGGGCUAUAUCUUCUUCAAAGAUGAUUUCAUUUUGGCUGUCGACAGGAUACCCAACAAAACACUAGAGCAUGGAGCCAGUAUGGUGGGAGAGUUCUUCUCUGGUGGAGUAUGCCAGAAGGAAAAUGGGGAGAACUGUUCAGCAGAGGUCGUGAUGGAUGCUUCGCUUGCCGUCCAGCCAUCAGCGGUGGUGAUUGAGGACAAGGAGCGAACAUGUGACUCCCUGCUCAUGUGUAUUGUCACAGUAUUGAGUCACGGCCUCAGGAGCGGAGGAGGUGUUGGGGACGUCCUGCGGAAGCCAUCCAAAGAGGAGCCCCUUUUUGCAGCCAGGGUGAUCUACGACCUACUCUUCUUCUUCAUGGUCAUCAUUAUUGUCCUCAACCUCAUCUUUGGUGUCAUCAUCGACACAUUUGCUGACCUGAGGAGUGAGAAGCAGAAAAAAGAGGAAAUCCUGAAGACAACAUGUUUUAUUUGCGGUUUGGAGAGAGACAAGUUUGACAAUAAGACAGUUACCUUUGAAGAACACAUCAAAGUUGAGCACAACAUGUGGCACUACUUGUUCUUCAUCGUCCUGGUGAAGGUCAAGGAUUCAACAGAGUACACUGGCCCGGAGAGCUAUGUGGCCGAAAUGAUCAGGGAGCACAACUUGGAUUGGUUCCCACGGAUGCGGGCCAUGUCCUUGGUCAGCAGCGAUGCAGACGGGGAGCAGAAUGAGAUCAGAAACCUGCAGGAGAAGCUGGAGUCAACCAUGAAACUGGUGUCCAACCUGUCAGGCCAGCUGACUGAGCUCAAAGAACAGAUGACAGAACAGAGGAAGCAGAAGCAGAGGAUCGGCCUGUUGGGACACCCUCAGCACAUGAACGUCAACCCCCAGCAGCCUGCAUAAGGUCAACUGACACGGCCUUGAAGCAGCUCAGCAUUGGCUGUGUGUCUGGACGGAGUGUGCAGUCCUCACUCAGAGGUUGUAAUAUUGUAUACGCAAUGUAUACUGCACUGAGUGUGAGUGUAACUUAUAGCGGUAGGGAAACAACAUAGGUAGUCAUAAGGCGAUGUGUAGCUCUACCCCACGCACGUGUUACUCCAAAUAGUAACACUCACCCACCUCAUUCUGUUCAGUCCAGUUGGAAUUGGUGCCAAAUGUUUUCUAUGUAGAAAUAAAUUGGAUUCCUCCACACAUAGCCUUUACUGGUUGAACUUGAAACACGAUAUAGCUGACUGGACAGGAGGAAUUAGUCCCAUUUGUUUUUCAUUUUUUAUUUUAUUUUAAUGUUUUCUAUUUAUAUUUCUGGCAUAGCAAGCAGUAUUAAAUGUCUUAUUUUUGUAUGUUGUGCAAAAUAUUAACUUAAAUAUGCAACCUCAUUGGUGUGUGAAUUUAAGUUCCAUCAAUCAUGUCUUAUUUAAAAGCAUGGGCCAAUGUUUUUGUUCGUACUUUAUUGUCACUGGAUAAAAUAGGGAGUAGUUGGUUGUCUUUACUUGCGCAAAUAUAGAGAUAAUAUUUAAUAAGAUGGCCUUCUCAAUUUUACUUUUUUCUUUUAUUUCUUGAAAAUGUGCAUAUUUCUUGAGUGUCAACUGCACUCAAUAGAGAUAGUAUAUUGUGUGAGAGCAAUAUAUACAGAUAGUUUUCUUUCACCUGUGUAAAUCCAAUGGUGUCAUAUCUCAGUGCUAACUUAUUUUAUGAUACAUUUGCUUUCUUAUUUAAUUGGGUUCUAAAGGACAUAGAGAAUAUUUGAUUUGUCAGUCACAUAUACUGUAUAAUCUAUUCAGUAUCACUCAUGCUAUUACAGUUUGCUCAGGAGUUGUGUAACUUUUAAUGUAAUAAAUGUCAUUAGCAUAAUUUCCUGUUCUUCAGCAAACAUGUUUCAUUUGUGCCUAUUUUUGUCCUCAUUUAAAGUCUGAUACAAGUUUGCUGCUUGUGCAGAGUCACUAACUUUUAUGUUCAUUAAAAUGUAUUAGUUGGUUUUCAUGCUACUGUUAGAAGGAUCUCUUUUUUUUGGACAACUGUGUGUACAUAACGUUUGUUGCUUAUCUUUGCUUUUGUAUAGAAAAAUGAGAUGGAGAAAAAGCGUACUCACGAAUGUUAAGAUUAACUAAAAAUCUAAGCACUGUCAAUUUGUAUAUUAAAGUAGAAUUAUUUAUUAAAAUUGAUGUAAUUAUA